CUGAUAGGUGGCACUGAUUGGCAGCACUGAUAGGUGACACUGAUUGGCAUUGAUAGGUGGCACUGACUGGCACUGAUGGGUGACAUUGAAAGGCAGCUCAGGUGGGCACUGCUAUGUGGCAUUGAUGUGCACUGGUAUGCACUGAUAUGUGGCAUUGAUGUGGCACUGAUGGGCACUGGCACGUGGCACUGAUGAGCACUAACAGGAGAGAAAUGCCGAUAACUGGCAUUUCCGUGUUUUACAUGUGAUCAGCUGUGAUUGGACACAGCUGAU